GAGCGCGGGCGCGGGGGGGCGGAGCUCGGCGCAGACGGGGAAGGGGUUGCCCGGGCUUCAGCUCCUCGGGUUAGGGGUUCCCUCCGGCGCUGCUAGGCAGGCGUGGAGUCCCCAGAGCCGGUGGCCGUGAUCUCCCGGGGGCACGCUCAGCGGCGGCUAAAGACGACAUGAGUGCUGCGGGGCUGUUGGCUCCGGCUCCGGCCCCGGCUGGAGCGCCGCCGGCCCCGGAGUACUACCCAGAGGAGGACGAGGAGCUGGAGAGCGCCGAGGACGACGAGCGCAGCUGUCGGGGCCGCGAGUCUGACGAAGACACUGAGGAUGCUAGUGAAACUGACCUGGCAAAGCACGAUGAAGAAGACUAUGUAGAAAUGAAGGAACAGAUGUAUCAGGACAAACUGGCUUCUCUCAAGAGGCAGCUGCAACAGCUGCAGGAAGGAACGUUGCAGGAGUAUCAGAAGAGAAUGAGAAAGCUGGAUCAGCAGUACAAAGAGAGGAUCCGAAACGCAGAACUCUUCCUCCAGCUGGAAACCGAGCAAGUGGAAAGAAAUUACAUUAAGGAAAAGAAGGCAGCAGUGAAAGAAUUUGAAGACAAGAAGGUUGAGCUGAAAGAGAACCUAAUUGCUGAACUAGAAGAAAAGAAGAAAAUGAUUGAAAAUGAAAAGCUAACAAUGGAACUGACUGGAGAUUCUAUGGAAGUGAAACCUAUCAUGACCAGAAAGUUGCGGAGGCGACCAAAUGAUCCUGUCCCCAUCCCAGACAAGAGGAGAAAACCUGCUCCCGCUCAGCUAAAUUAUUUGUUAACAGACGAACAGAUCAUGGAGGAUCUGAGAACAUUAAAUAAGCUUAAGUCACCCAAGAGACCAGCAUCCCCAUCCUCUCCUGAACACUUGCCUGCGACCCCUGCGGAGUCUCCAGCCCAGAGAUUUGAGGCUCGGAUAGAAGAUGGUAAACUGUAUUAUGAUAAGAGAUGGUACCACAAGAGCCAGGCCAUCUAUCUGGAGUCAAAGGACAACCAGAAACUGAGCUGCGUGAUCAGUUCGGUCGGAGCCAAUGAGAUCUGGGUGAGGAAGACCAGUGACAGCACCAAGAUGAGGAUCUACUUGGGCCAGCUACAGCGCGGGCUCUUCGUGAUCCGCCGGCGGUCAGCGGCUUGACCUCCCGAAGAGCUCUCUGCCCUUGACCCUUUUUCUGCAGUGGCUUUUAUUUUUGUUUUGUUUACUUCUUAAUAGAAAAAUUUUAACUUACUGGGAAUAACUACUUGGCCUUGGAAAUGAAGAACACCGUGUGGAUUCUGUGGGGCACUUCUGUGGCUGGUCACAUCCACCUAUGUGUCAUUCUUCCCUGCCUCAGCUUCUUCCCAGUCAGCAGUCACCAGGGAACGCUCAUUUUCAGGAGUAUUUAGGGUGUUUGAUUUAGUUUCUUUUUAUUUCUUUAUUUUUUUGCUUAUCCUUUGUCUUUUUUUUUUUUUUUUUUAACCUCCUCUGAGGUUGAAGAAACAGCUCUUCCUGUCAGUUAUCUUUAGGUCUUUCUGCCAUGAAGAGGAGUGGGAAGGAAUUCACUCUGUGAUGCAUUCUCCAUAUUUGAUUCUGGUUAGUGGAUCACGCAGCUACUGACCUGGCCGAGCCCCAUCUGCUGUUUCCCUGGAAGCGCGGGGCAGAGGUCCUAGCAGAGGGAGAUGAAUUCUCCUGGCUCUUGGCCUUCUUGGAGAGAGAAAUGCCUGUGUGACAUCUGGCACAUGCAUCCAUUCCCCUGGCUGAACUAUGGAACAUUUGCCGGGGAGACUGCAUUGAAGUAAAUGGGGCUCUGGGGGAAGGGACGUUUCAUGUCAUAAUGUGCUGAAGUUACCAUAUUUUAAACGUUAUUUAAUGCA